CUUUUAUUUUGAAAGCUGAUUGUCGUCAUAGCGGACACGUUUCUUUACGUUCUAUGUCAUCGUAGCUGUUCGGCCGUAUGUGGAAAGUAGCAAUGUCGGAGGAGGUUGGGAAGGCGCUACAGUCGGUAGUGGAACGGGUGAACCAGGCGGCGGCACGCCGGCCCAAGACACUACCAGCCGUGCCGCCCCGCCUCGUCGCUGUCAGCAAGACUAAACCCCCAGAGAUGGUUGUGGAGGCCUACAGACAAGGGCAUCGUAACUUUGGAGAAAAUUAUGUUAAUGAACUUGUGGACAAAGCUUCAGAUCCUUUGAUUUUAGACUCGUGCCCAGAAAUCAAGUGGCACUUUAUAGGCCAUCUACAGAAGGGCAACGUCAACAAACUUUUGGGCGUGCCGAACCUGUUCCUCGUGGAGACGGUGGACUCUGUGAAACUGGCUGACAAGGUCAACAGCUCAUGGCAGCGUGUCAGAGGGGCCAGCUCACAGAGGUUAAAGAUCAUGGUGCAGCUCAACACCAGCGGAGAACAGAGUAAACAUGGCCUGCCACCAGAGGAGACGGUGAACACAGUGAAACACAUCUUGUCCAAGUGCGCCUGUCUGCACUUCUUAGGACUCAUGACCAUCGGGCGCUACGGCUAUGACCUCAACCUGGGCCCCAAUCCAGACUUUCAGAUGCUGCUGUGUCGGAGGCAGGAGGUGUGUGACAGUCUGAAGAUGCCUCUGGAGGAGGUGGAACUCAGCAUGGGAAUGUCCACAGACUUUGCACACGCGAUCGAGGUGGGCUCCACCAACGUGCGUGUGGGUAGCAUUAUAUUCGGCAACAGAGAGUAUCCCAACAGUGCAGCAAACACUCCAAACCCCAGCCCGGCUCCCAGCCCGGAGAAAGCAACCAAGAACGUGUCCGAAGAGGCCGCCAAGAAGAUGCAGCACCUCACUGUGUCCAAACCAUAAGAAAAGCGUCUCCUCCUCUGAAAUACCUUUUAAGAAAGAAACUUAAUAGAGCAGUGAAGCCCGAUCAUUUCCACAGAGCCAUGUGGAGCUAGGAUUGCAAAAUUCUUGCAUAAUUCUAAAGUGUAAUUGCCUAAUCCUCUUCACUUUUUGUGUGCCCUUCUUGCUCUUUUAAGCAUUAAAAAGUGGCUUUCAGUACAGAACUAGUUGUACCUUUUUUUAAAGUAGUGUGUUACUAACCUAUAGUGCUCUGACUUCCGACAAGAUUACUGGCUACAAGACAAAUGUGCAACUAUUGAAAACAUGGUGACUAUGAAGAUGAUUACGAGACUGAGGUUUUGUUUGGAUUUGUCUUGCUGAUGUGAUAUUUUCUACCUUUCCAGCCCAACAUGUGACAGUGCUGAAAUGUGCUUGAUUGUGUUGUGUCCCAGAGAUGAGGAAUUCCACGCAGUCCAAUGAACCGUUUUUGUUGUACAGAUGAAACAAAGACUUGAUUUAAUAAAUCAUUUAUCCCUUUAUAAUGACACAUGGUAUUGUGCGUUUGACAUUGUUUCUUAUGGUGUUCCAAAUGUGUCAGAUCUCUAUUCUUGAUAUGAACAAGAAAAAAAGCUAAAGAGUUUUGUUUCCGUGUACCCGUCUCGUGUCCGUGCGUUGUUGCAGAUGAAAGGCAGUGCCUCUAUGCAAAGUGGUGUUUUGGUUUUUCAGUAGAUUGUUACACUGCGGCUAUCACGGUGUUGCAGUGGUUCCUUCAAAGAUGUCACCAGGUCAGCGUGUCGUCCUGUCUCCAUGGAAAAUGAUUUCACUGUGAUAAAACAAGGAUUGAUUGACGUCCUAAUGAGGCGUUUCAGCAUUGUUUGGUUUGGAAUGUGGCUCUGAGGGAAGUCAAAGCCAAGCAAUAAAUGUUUUUGUUGAA